UUGAAGUGGCAGGUGAGCCACCACAUACGGGAACAAGGGAAGUGUGAAUCUGAGGAGCAUAGAAACUCAGAGCAGAGAAACAGACAAGGGCUCGGGCAGUGUCUAUUGUUUCCUGUCAGCAGGCGAAAUUUUGGAGGAACUUCUUGGGAGUUGUUUAAUUGCAUUGUUCCAUAGACACACUGGAAGUGUGAGUCAGGAGAAGGGGAAAGACAACAACAGGGAGCCUUUACCAAAUCAUGGACUAUCUUUAAACAGCUCAUAAAAUAUAAAUAUAGGAAACUUCAGAGCUGAAAAUGUACCCGGGCGGCCUGUGGUUGUGUUUGUGCGCCCUGCUGGGGAUUCUUGCUGCUCCGUGUUGGGGAGUCAGACAGUGUCUGAUUGGGACCACGAUCAACGUGAUCCUGCUGGAGGACAAGGAGUCUCCGUGGAGCCUGAAAUUCGUGCGAGGAGAAAUACUGAAGGCCAUAGCGACAGAGUCAGCCGUGAAUACUGCACAAGGUGUGGCGUUUAAUCUUACGGCCAACUUUGGCGGGUUCAACACCACCUUCUAUCGACACGCAGGCUGCCGGAGCAGCGCGUGUGAGGGAGUGGACGAGCUGAAAAACCUGAUGAACUCAGGCAACCUGGGAUGUGCUGUGCUCGGGCCCACGUGCACGUACGCCACACACCAAAUGGUGGAUUUGGAAAAAGGCCUGAGGCUCCGUACACCCAUCAUCUCCGCCGGAAGCUUCGGCCUCUCCUGCGACUACACCCUCAACCUGCAGCGCCUGCUGCCGCCGGCACGCAAGAUCUCCGACUUCUUCAUUCACUUCUGGAAGGAGAACAACAAGAUCAAACCCGAGUGGAUGACAGCCUACGUGUACAAGAAGCAGAGCAACACCGAGGACUGCUUUUGGUAUAUAAAUGCACUGGAUGCAGACUCAAGCAACUUUUCCCAAAACAUUACGAGGACGGUGCUCCGCAAACCAGAAGACCUGAAUGAAGUCCUUAAAUCACCAAAAAACAGGACAAGCAACUUGUUCAUCAUGUGUGGAUCGCCAAUGGACGUGCUGGAGGUGAAACUUCGCUCCCCAGCGGCAGACAGCAGCGAUAAUCUCUUCAUCCUUAUUGAUCUUUUCAAUGAUGAAUACUACAAGAACACAACAUCCCUGCCGUCCAUGAAGAACGUGCUGGUGCUGACGAUGCCUAACACCCGGAGCUACACCAUCAACACGGACCUUAAAGACAACAACACGAUGAAUGACUACAUGGCUGCGUACCAUGACUCGGUGAUUCUGAUAGGCAAGGUGAUGAGGGAGAUUGUGGAAAAACCUCAUUGGGAGAUUCAGCAGAUGGAGUUUGUCAACGUGAAUUACUUCAGGAACACCACCUUUAAUGGAUCUGCUGGAAUCUACAAGCUGGACAAGUAUGGGGACAGAGAUGUGAACCUCACAAUCAUUUACACCACUACUGACAACAAGUACAGCAUUUUAUUCACAUUCGACACUGAGCACAACCAAACCACAGUCGUGGAGACACAACCCUCCUUCAUCUGGGGACACAGACUUCCUGAUUUUAGUCCAGAUAGCGGGAUAGCCUCUCAUGACAUCGUGGUCAUAGUGUUGGCUGUCACAGUGGUCGUUGUGGCCACCAUCGCCUUCAUCUUCUACAGACAGAACAGGACGGAACGCCUGCACAGGAAGCGCUGGUCACACAUCCACUCUUAUCUCAUCACUUUGCUGGAGUCAAAUGAACUCAACGUCGUCUCUCUGAAGAUUGAAGAUGAGGGGAAAAAAAAGAAUUUCAAGAUCCGCCGCGCAUUCUAUGACAAGAAGGUUGUGAUUCUGAAGGAGCUGAAACACUCGGAUGGGAACUUCAGCGAAACCCAGAGGAUAGAGCUUAAUGCGCUCCUGCAAAUCGACUAUGACACCCUCACAAAGUUUUAUGGGACAGUGAAGUUUGAUCAGGGCGUGUUCGGGGUGUUCGAGUAUGUGGAGCGGGGUUCGCUCAGGUAUGUGCUCAAUGACAAGAUUUCAUACCCAGAGGAGACCUUCAUGGACUGGGAGUUCAAGAUCUCCAUCAUGUACGAUAUCGCCAAGGGCAUGUCCUACCUCCACACCAGCGACAUCCAGGUGCACGGUCGCCUCAAGUCCACCAACUGUGUGGUGGACAACCGCAUGGUGGUGAAGAUCACGGACUUUGGCUGCAACAGCUUCCUCAGCCCCGGCAAAGACUUGUGGACGGCUCCGGAGCAUCUGCGGAAAGACGGCACGUCUCAGAAGGGAGACGUCUACAGCUUUGGCAUCAUCUCUCAGGAGAUUGUUCUCAGAAAGAGCACCUUCUACACCGAGGGCUGCUCCGACCGAGCAGAAAAGCUGACCAGGGUCAAAAUGUCCUACUUCAGGCCGGAUCUUAAUUUUGAGACGGCUUCAGAGAAAGAAGCAGAGGUUUACUCGCUCAUAAAAAGUUGUUGGGAUGAGGAUCCCGAAAAAAGACCUGACUUCAAGAGGGUCGAAAACUGCCUGGGCAAAAUCAUCAGUAACAUCCAUAACCAGGACAAUGAGAGCUACAUGGAUAAUAUGAUCAGGCGGCUGCAGAUGUACUCCAGGAACCUGGAGCACCUGGUGGAAGAGAGAACAGUUCUCUACAAAGCCGAGAGGGACAGGGCUGACUGCCUCAACUUCAUGCUGCUUCCUGGCCCAGUGGUGAAAAGCCUGAAGGAGUCCGGCGUGGUGGAGCCCGAGCUGUACGAGGAGGUGACCAUAUACUUCAGUGACAUCGUCGGUUUCACCACUCUGUGCCAGUACAGCACGCCGAUGGAAGUUGUGGACAUGCUCAACGACAUCUACAAGGGCUUCGACAGCAUCGUCGACCACCACGACGUGUACAAGGUGGAGACGAUCGGCGACGCCUACAUGGUGACCUCCGGGCUGCCGAAGAGGAAUGGCAACAGGCACGCGGUGGAUAUCUGCUGCAUGGCGCUGGACAUCUUGGCGUUCAUGGGAAACUUCCAGCUACGACACCUGCCUGGCAUCCCCGUGUGGAUACGCAUCGGCAUACAUUCUGGUCCCUGUGCAGCAGGAGUUGUGGGGAUGAAGAUGCCCAGAUAUUGUUUAUUCGGGGACACGGUCAACACGGCGUCUCGCAUGGAGUCUACAGGACACCCUCUACGGAUCCACGUCAGUCAACCGACUAUAGAUAUCCUGCAGAGGACGGACUGCAAGUUCGAGUACGAGAUCAGAGGAGAAACCUACCUGAAGGGUAAGGGCACAGAGACAACAUACUGGUUAACGGGUGAAACCGGAGAAGACUACGACCUCCCAACUCCCCCCACAACAGAGAACUUCCAGCGGCUCCAGCAAGACCUCGCCCACAUGAUCUUGACGUGUCUGGAGCGCCGCUCUCAGCCGUCCAUCCGGAGGAAGAAGCCAACCCGGUGUCCGGGGGAGGAGGAGGACGACGACAGGGAUCAAGACUCAGAGGUGGAGUCUGAGAGGCAGCAUCCCGAGUACCUGCAUCUGGCCACCGUCGAUAACACCCUCAGCACCUUCCUGUAGGACAGAGCUGACUGGGUGCAGGAAAGAGGGAAGAACUGUAGCACUGUCCACAGAUGUAAAACACAUACUGUACAUGUACAAAUGAAUGUACCAAACAACAAGCUUUGUGUACAAACUGGACGGUCUCAGUGAGGACGUAGAUGUCAUUAGGUCCUCUCAUUUUUGGUUUGUGUUCCAUGAGAUGGACGAGGAUGUGAGAGAUGCUUGUUUGUUUAUAUUUCAGGACGUAUUUCUGAUUUGCAGCGGGCAUGACUUUGAAUUUCCUACAUAUUACUUGCUUUUUGUGCUCCUUGGCUUAAAGUGCAGCUGCAGAUGGGAAGACAACAGGGAGUCCUCAGAAACGCAACCUGCUCGGCUGCUACAUUCCAGAAGACCACAUUCAUGCCAUGUUCUUAUACGUAUGGACCGUUCCUCUGCAUAUCUUGGUCAUGUCCAGUAAUUAAUCAUUUAUCUAAAUAUGUAAUUGACUUAUUGCUUGGUCUAAAACGAGGUCAUAGUGAGCCCAAAAGAUAUUUGGAAUGAUGUAUGUCCUGUUCAGUGCUCAGUAUAAUGAAGGCUGCAGCACAUCGAAUUCAAGGACUUUCCAGCCCAAGUUCAAGGACCCAUCAUGGCAUAGUUAAGACCAGAUCAAAGUUAAUUACUGUUACAAUACAAGUAAUCUUUAUAAUGACAAGUAGCCAACUUUACAGGAGCUCACAGACUAUUAAAACAGCACAGCAAAAACAAUAUAUAGUGUAAGUUUAGUGGCAGAGAAAGAGUAUAUUUAUGAAUUAAAGAGCCCGGAGACAGUGGGAGACACAUCUGCAGUCACAGUGACACAAAGCCACUAUUAAAUUAUAUUUAAAAAAAUAUUUAAAGGCCAAAAACUUCAAAUGGCCCACGUCCAUCAUUACAAAUUCAACUAAGGAAGUCCAGGGAGGAAUCCACUGAACUGGCUGUUCUCGAAUGUCGGCUUUGAUAUUCUAUAGAAAGUGGUAGAUACCUGCGUACAAUGUGUAGUUAUCAUGAUCAUUAUGGUAAUGUCUGCUUCCCACAAAUACACAAGAUUGUCAAAUCAGCAUUUUAACCCAAUGACAAAGUUUUAUUUUUGUUGAGAAUGGUGACAUUCAUUUACAAUAAGUAAAAAAAGAAAAGGAAAUGACUUUCCGUCACAUUGUUGAAUAUGUAUGUUGCUCAGUACAGUUGAAUUAAAAAGAAAACAGAGUUUCUUGAAA